UACUGGAUACGCAGCCCAUUUGACCCGCUUCCUGUGUUUACGACCAAAAGAAAUGGCUUCGGGUCUGUGGAUGUAAUUUGGCUCGGUUUCAAGUGACCAGGGCGGGGUUUUCACCGUAAACGAUCAAUCCAGUCAUGUUGCUCUGCGUUUAGCUUCUUCAGACGCGUGUGUGGCGCUGAAACUGAUCCAGUAGGUGUCUCACACACACGGAAGAACAGCACAAUGGAUGACAGCAGCGACGGCAAGGACGAGGACUGUAUCUCUACACCGUCCAGAGAACUCACCCAAAACCCCCUGAAGAAAAUAUGGAUGCCCUGCAAAAAUGGUCUUCCAGAGAAGCCCAUCUUUCAGAGGAGGGUAUGCAUGACCAACUGUCCCACUGUCAUCGUCACGGUCGGCCUACCAGCCCGGGGCAAGACCUACAUCUCUAAGAAACUCACCCGCUACCUCAACUGGAUUGGCGUGCCAACGAAAGAAUUUAACGUCGGGCAGUACAGACGAGAAUGUGUGAAGAUCUACAAAUCGUUCGAGUUCUUCCGCCCGGAUAACGAGGAAGGGCUUAAAAUCAGAAAGCAGUGUGCAUCGGCAGCUCUUAAUGAUGUGCAUCAGUAUCUCACUGAGGACGGGGGACAAGUGGCGGUAUUUGAUGCCACAAAUACUACGAGAGAGAGGAGAGAGACCAUCAUUCGAUUUGCUGAACAGAACGGAUUUAAGGUUUUCUUCGUUGAGUCUGUAUGUGAAGAUCCUGACGUUAUUGCAGAAAACAUCGUCCAAGUGAAACUCAGCAGCCCAGACUACACAGACUGUAACACCGAGCAGGCUGUGGAGGACUUCAUGAAGAGGAUAAAGUGCUACGAGAACUCCUACGAGCCUCUGGAUGAAGUCUUAGACAGAGAGUUGUCCUUCAUAAAGAUCAUUGAUGUGGGUCGGCGGUACCUGGUGAACCGAGUCCAAGACCACAUCCAGAGCCGAAUCGUGUAUUACCUCAUGAACAUCCAUAUCACGCCCCGCUCCAUCUACCUGUGCCGGCACGGAGAGAGCGACCUCAACGUUAAAGGACGAAUCGGAGGCGACUCGGGUCUCACGACCCGGGGAAAGGAGUUUGCUCGCUUCUUGGCUCAGUUCAUCCACACACAAGAGAUCAGCGAUCUGAAGGUGUGGACGAGUCAGAUGAAGAGAACGAUUCAGACGGCCGAGGCUCUGGGCGUGCCGUACGAGCAGUGGAAGGCUCUCAAUGAGAUUGAUGCUGGUGUGUGUGAGGAGCUGAUGUACGAGGAGAUUCAGCAGCAGUAUCCUCUGGAGUUUGCGCUGCGUGACCAGGACAAAUAUCGCUACCGAUAUCCCAAAGGAGAGUCUUAUGAAGACCUGGUGCAGCGGCUCGAGCCCGUCAUCAUGGAGCUGGAGCGCCAGGAGAACGUUUUGGUCAUCUGCCACCAAGCGGUCAUGCGCUGCCUGCUGGCCUACUUCCUGGAUAAAACGGCGGAGGAGCUGCCAUACCUGAAGUGCCCAUUACACACAGUGCUGAAGCUCACACCGGUGGCUUACGGCUGCAAAGUGGAGACCAUCUUCCUGAAAGUGGAAGCGGUGAACACCCACAGAGAAAGACCAGAGAAUGUAAACGUGCAUCGGACCACGGAGGACGCCCUGUGCACCGUUCCGCCUCACCUCUGACCUCGUCUGAUUGGCCGUCCGCACCUGUGCGUGUGUCUACCUUUUCUCCAGGGGUCCCCUGUCCUCCAGGCUUCUCCGUCACAACAAAAGGAACCUGGAGUCUUGUGUCGCAGAGUCUUCAUUUCUCCUUCCGUACCUUUCAUCUUCCACGGUUCGCUUGGCCUUUACACCCUCAUUAGCGUUCAUUAGGCGUGAGCUGAACGUUCCUCGACAGGAACAUCAUCAGUACAGGGAUCGUUGAUGUGAUUUGCUCAGACAUCGAAUCUGAUGUGCGCCACUGGUCUGAGUGAAAGGGGGCGUGGCCUCUAACUUGAGGAACGCUCCAGUGCUUUUAAACAUAUAAUGUUGAUCUGAUUUACUCCAGAUUUGAAUUUUACAGUGAGCGUUUUAGUCCUGAGAAAGCAGUGGAAAACCGGUUUCAUCUUCAGUCACUUGUGAUGGAAGCCAUUCAGCAGUGGGCUGUGAUUCCUAUCAAGUGAACCAUUUUUCCAGAGAGAUGAAUUUGUCUGAACAAUGUAAAAAUCAUGGUGUUUUCAGAAACACUUUUGGGUUGAGACUGUUAUAUUUUGUGUGCAAUUUACACAUUUUAUCAGUUUUUUAAUCAGGAUUGUCUGUGAAUACGGUCACAGGUCAGACUAAAAAGAAAAUUCUCAUCAGAUUUCGACAAAUAUUCCUUUUUUUUUUUUUUAAACUCCCAAGCGUAUAAAUCACAGUACACCUGAUUUUAAUUUUCUUGUUCUUAUGCCUUCUAUAAGAAGUGAGUUUGGAGUAAACAGGUUUUCUUUGUAUUUUCUUUAAUCAGUCCAGGGAAAUUUUGUGUUUGCUGAACAAUUUCUUGUAUUAAUCACACAAAUGCCACAGACAAAUUACUGGAUAGAGACCAAGUUAGCUUUAAACACUUUGCACAACACCCAAUCACACCGUUUUCUGUCCCACGGUGUGACACGAGAGACGGUCUGUUUAAUCUGGUUCAGUUUUCAAACCUAGAGAGCAAAACUUUUUUUUUUUUUAAAUACCCCUGGGUUUCGGGGACGUGUGUAAAACCUUCACUGAAGGAUGUAAAGUGUAACGUACUGCAAAUGAUCUACCAGGCAGGAUAAUAUUUGGCUUGUGUGUGUGUUUUGCAACUCUUGCAUUCUUCUUUGCAUCAGUAUUGUUCUGUUGUGUCACACAGCCAUUUGAUUCUUAUCUCUCUGUUACUUUGAGGGAACGAUGGUGCGUGUGUGUGUGUGUAUAAGAAAUGAGUUAUACUGUAUUUCUAUAGAACAUUAUCUUGAGUCCAGCCUCCUCACACAAAUGUAUUUAUUUGACUUUUAUGGGUUUUAAAAGGUGAAGUUAACUUUUUUUUUUUUUUGGGCGUGAACUUGAGAUGAAAUUAUUUUAAAUUAAACCUUUUUUUAAUUAAAUGGGUUUGGUUUGUAACUGUAAAGUGCAUCCUGGCCUGUAAAACACCCUGAACAUGAUUGUGUGUGUAACAGAGAGUGAGUAUGUUUGAGAGUGUGUGUGUGUGUGUAUACAAAGAUGUAAUCAUGCACUGGUUAUUGUAGAAGUAAAUAUGGGAAUCAUGUGUCUUAAUUGCAAUAAAGUUUUUAAUUUUAAAUAAA